AUGAACAAAAUAGCAAGACGUGAAGUUAGAAACCAAAAAAUGGCUGAUGAUUUAGUCAUUGUAGAACAAGGUCUAAUCUACGCUGAACUUAAUGAAAUCUUCCAAAAACACUUAGAAUCUGAAGGUUAUGCUGGAAUGGACUAUAAACCUUACUCUACUCCUAUUGAAGUGACUCUUAAGCUAGGGAAGACUUCAGGACUACUAGAGAACAACAAGUUAAGACUUAAGCAGUUAAUUACUCUUAUUCAGAUGAGAUUUGGACUAGCUGAAGGUAGUAUUAAUAUCUUUGUAGAACAGGUGAAGAAUAGGGCUUUAAACCCACAAAUUCAAGCCAAUCUAAUCAAAGAGAAGUUAGCAUCAGCUCUACCCGUCCGUAGGGCUGUAACUGGAGCUUUAAGAACGAUUAUGGAAGGAGGAGCAGCUGGUGCUCAAGUGAUUAUCUCUGGGAAGAUAAGGGGACAAAGAGCAAAGAGUUAUAAAGUAUCUAGUGGUAUACUGUUACAUUCAGGUAAUGCUACUGAGGACUAUGUACGUAGUGCUCAAUCAAGUAUUCUAUUGAAACAGGGAGUAUUAGGGAUUAAGGUAGCGAUAACUUUGAAUUAUGAUGCGACUGGCCGUAAUGGAACGACUGCUCAGCAUCCUAAUAAGAUCACUAUCUUUUCUCCGGAAGAGAUAUUGGAGAAGCAGCAGGUAAAGGCUAAACCCACCAAGGUUUAUGACCAGAAAUAA